UUUUAAAUGACUCUUUUAGUAUGCUACUGACAUUACAAGGAAUCGAGUGGAUUCGGGUGAAUGGAUUUUAUCUUUGAACAUGUUUGAUUCUGAGAAUUUCCAUCUUGUGCUGUUUUAUAUACAUAAAUUCCAUAAUUUUAGCGUAUCGAUUUCCUUGGUAGUUCCUGGCUUGUCUAAUUUUAAGAGGGGAAAUAUUAUAGAAUUUAUUAGAAGUUAACUCUUUUUUUUCCUAUUUGUAUGCUUGGCAUCACACAAUUUUUGCUCCUGGCUGUUGUGACAGGAGGAAACGUUACAUGUACUGCAGUUAUACUGUUCAAAAAAUUUAAUAAAGGAGUCAAAUCUGCAUUAAUAUCGGAAAAUAACCAGUACGUUAAGAGCUAGUGGGUUUGGAGUGUUGUUCCUUCAUCAGCGCUCCUUGUUGUAGAAUUAUGAUUAUUUAUGUGUUAUGCAGGUAGGAAGAAUCUCUCUUUAUCUGGUAGGGCAGAUGUUUGUGAAUAAUACAGUGAGCAGCAGUCUAAGCUGACAUCUCUUGUAUCAAAGAGACUUAAACAGAUGGUGUCCUUGACUCCUACAGGAAUAAGAGGCUAGACUGUGCAUUUAUUUCAGUUCAUACUGGUGUGUACUGGUUCUGCACCAAAAUAAUUACCUAUGUAUGUCUAAUGCAUUAAAAUCCAUUUCAGGGAGAAUAUGACCUUUGGAUACUUAGGGCUCUUUAAGGGCAGAAUGGACAGAAUGUAAUAGCUAAUGUGUUAAAAGAACAGACAUAAAAUGUUGCAUGUACCAGAUGACAGAUGUCUUGCUUUUUUUUCUAUUCGGAGCAACUAGCAAUGGCUUCAUUUGACAAAUUUGUUGUAGUAUCUUGUGCAUUUCGCAGAUUCACUUGUGAAUUUUGUACCAUUAUACAAAUAAAUGCACAUAUAUAAUAACAUACUAGACAUCUUGUGAACAGGUGAACAGGGCACGGAAUAUUUCGCAUUAGGUUUAAAUAUUCUUAUAAUAAAGUUUCAAAACAAUAAGCAAACUGUCUAUCUAAAUAAUAAUAAUAAAACAAUAAAUAAAUUAAUAUGGCAGCCAACAUGUGAAGUUGCCUUAAGACAAGAACAGGUGUUGUGUUGUUUUGGUUUUAGGUUUGAUAAAAGGUUGAUAUAUAUUGAAAAUAUAUUGUAAUGAAACUUGAUGCUAGGCAAAUAGAAAAUAAAUAAAUAUAUACAUUUACUGGUUUGAUGCAUAUAAACCUUAAAACAAGACCCAUAGCUCUCUCUUUUAGUUUUUAUUUUAAUGUUUUCAUUUGCAACCAUUUGGAAUAAAGCAAAGGGAACUCCUCACAAUAACAGGUAUAAUAUGAAAGGAUGAUAGGAUAGUAUCCAUAUUUUCAGCCUAGCGAAAGAACAGCCAACUGAAUGCAAUGCACAUGAAUAAAUCAUUAUCAGUAUCAGUAUAAGACUGGAAAAUCUUGGUUUAAAAACAGCAUACAUUGCAGAGCAUCUAGAACAGUCUAUACGAUAAACACAACCUCUAAGCCAGAAAAAAAAACCCCACGACAUCCCAACAUCAACAAAUUUGUAUUUGUUUCCUUAUAUGCAGUUUAAGGGGGAUUUUUUCUCUUUGCAUUAAAAAUAAUUAUAGUAUAAAAUGAUUAUUGUUACCAUAGAUAGUAUGCAUUUCUCGUAAGUUGCUGUAUUCAGAGAUCAAAGAAUGCUUUGGGUAUACCAAUAAAAGAUGUAUGCAAGCACACAGUUACAUACUUGAGAUGAAAUACUAACUGGUGAAGUCAAAACAGUGAAACACUUUGGUGUUUAUCUGUCACUACUGCUUGAGACAGACAGGGAGAGAAUAUUUUUCUGCAUGGUUUCCUUCGCUGAGAGCCUGAGACCGUCUCCCUCGGGAUCCCAUCAGAUGGGGGGACUGUGCGAGGAGACAUGUCUAUGUGCAUGCGUGAGGAGCGAGAGAGAGCUAGAGCGAGGGAAAGAGCAUGUGUGUGCACACAGAAAGGAAAGGGGCAGAGUGUGAGUGCGAGCGCAGAUGAUGCUGCUCGUGGAAGGAGAUGCUGCUGGUUUUGGCUUUCUUUCCUGUGCUACGAGAUUUUCCCCACUAAGGUUUGACCUCUGCGUCCUGUCAGUUUGGCACCUCGGCUUCCCGGAGAGACACAGAACGACAAAGGGAAGGGAGGAGGGUGGUACAGGCAGAGGAUAUCAUGUGUGCGCUAUAACUAAGGACAAGGAGCAGACAGAGUUGGAGAAGAGGGGAAAUAAGACACGAGGAAGAAGCUGCAGACGCCAGACCAGGCAACAAAGACAAAAGAGGUGAAGCCUCUCAAGCCGAGACUCAGCCUCGAUAUUCCUCGGAUUCCAUGUGCCACUGGCAUCGAGUCAAAUAGCAUGUCUGUGUCUGGAAAAAAGGAGUUUGACGUGAAGCAGAUCCUCAGGCUCCGCUGGCGCUGGUUCAGCCACAGCACUCAGACCUCGGCUGGGAACGGGGGCUACAUCCAACAGGAAGGUUUCGACCAACGGGGAACACCGGUCCGGCUAAAGAGUCACUCCCGGGACAGAGGAGGUUUCCGCAAGAAUAACAGCCCCGUGCACAGCAUUCUGGCACCGAACCCUGGACCCACGCCUGUUUAUGUCAGGCCAGGCGAUCAAUCAUGGCACCAGCAAAACAUCAUCCAGCACCUCCAAGCCAGCGAGGAGCUUCCCAAGAGCAACUCACCUUGCAGUGCCAGGAAAGAGGAGGCGAAGAGCAGCCAUGAGGAUGUGAAGAGCAAUCCGGAGGAUCCCUGUGAGGAGGAAGCCACAGACAGGUUGGCUUUGAGCAGUUUCUCUAGGAUGAGCUCCAACUGCUCAGAUGAGUUUUUCCAGGCCACAAACCAUGCGGAACAGACCUUUCGAAAGAUGGAGACCUAUCUUCAGCACAAGCAGCUGUGUGAUGUGCUUUUGAUAGCUGGGGAUCACAAGAUCCCCGCGCACAGGCUUGUCCUGAGCGCAGUUUCAGACUACUUUGCUGCCAUGUUCACCAAUGAUGUGAGGGAGGCAAAACAAGAGGAAAUUAAAAUGGAGGGUGUCGAUCCCGAGGCGUUGCGAACGCUGGUUCAUUUUGCAUACACUGGAGUCCUGGAGCUAAAAGAAGAGACAAUUGAAAGUCUUUUAGCUGCCGCUUGUCUCCUCCAGCUCUCACAAGUUAUUCAGGUCUGCUGUAACUUUCUGAUGAAACAACUGCACCCAUCCAACUGCCUGGGGAUCCGUUCGUUUGCUGACGCUCAGGGAUGCAUGGAUCUUUUGAACGUCGCUCACAACUACACCAUGGAACACUUUCUCGAGGUAAUUCAGAAUCAGGAGUUCCUCUUGCUGCCCACAGCGGAAAUCAUCAAGCUUUUGUCCAGUGAUGACAUCAAUGUUCCAGAUGAAGAAACGAUUUUCCAAGCACUGAUGAUGUGGGUUCGAUACGAUGUGCAGCACCGGCAACAGGAUCUAGGAGUGCUGCUGGCGUACAUUCGACUUCCCCUUUUACCACCACAGCUUCUUGCUGAUCUGGAAAACAAUAAGAUGUUUUCAGAAGACCUGGAAUGCCAGAAGCUCCUGAUGGAAGCCAUGAAGUACCAUCUUUUGCCAGAGCGCCGUCCCAUGCUACAGAGCCCAAGAACCAAACCACGCAAAUCCACUGUUGGCUCGCUCUAUGCUGUUGGACAGGGGUCUACAACAAUAGAGAAAUACGACCUUCGCACAAACAGAUGGAUCCAAGUUGGUAGCAUGAAUGGCCGAAGACUUCAGUUCGGGGUGGCCGUGAUCGAUAACAAGCUCUACGUGGUUGGAGGAAGGGAUGGACUCAAGACGUCUAACAUGGUGGAGUGCUACAACCCGAUCACUAAAGUGUGGUCCACAAUGCCUCCGAUGUCAACCCACAGACACGGAUUAGGGAUUGCUGUGCUAGAGGGGCCUAUGUAUGCAGUGGGAGGCCAUGACGGAUGGAGCUAUUUGAACACCGUAGAAAGGUGGGACCCCCAGGCGAGGCAGUGGAAUUAUGUGGCCAGUAUGUCCACACCGCGCAGCACCGUCGGAGUCACUGCUCUCAACGGAAAGUUGUUUGCUGUCGGCGGUCGUGAUGGAAGCUCGUGCCUGCGAUCGAUGGAAUGUUUCGAUCCUCACACCAAUAAAUGGAGUAUGUGUGCGCCCAUGUCAAAGAGGAGAGGAGGAGUGGGCGUGGCCACAUAUAACAGUUUCCUGUAUGCAGUCGGAGGACAUGAUGCACCAGCUUCAAACCAUUGUUCACGUCUCUCUGACUGUGUGGAGAGGUAUGACCCCAAAACAGACACGUGGACCACAGUGUCCUCUCUGAGCGUCCCGCGGGAUGCAGUGGGAGUGUGUCUGCUGGGAGACAGGUUAUAUGCGGUCGGAGGAUAUGACGGCCAGACCUACUUAAACAGCGUCGAGUCCUAUGAUGCUCAGAACAAUGAAUGGACCGAGGAGGUCCCUCUAAACAUCGGGAGGGCGGGGGCAUGCGUGGUGGUCGUCAAACUGCCUUGAAGCCUCAGAGUCCCCGAACUGUGACCUCAAGAAGAGGCCUGCGAUGUCAACUCUUUGAAUGCUCUUUUCACAUCAUACACAAAGCUAUCGUCGACACCGGAUUCAUCUCGACAGAUUUGUUUUCGCUCCGAUAUUCAGCACUAUUACAGACUGGGAUAAAAGGGAAAAAAAAAAUAAGGCUUCUAAGAUUUUACUAGAUUAUAUAAGACAUUUUAUAUUAAAAGAGUACUUUUGAAAAUGUAUUCAGGCAGAGUUUGAGUUUUACAUUUACAUUUAGUUAGCCUCAUCUCAUGUCUUUUAACUAUAUAAAAAUCUAUUGUAAUUUUAAAGACAACGGCAUACUUGUUUACUUGUGCAAUUUUGUGGAAAAUGUAUUUUGAUCUUAGAUAAAGGAUUUUAAAAGACCACUGUGAAUACUUCCAGCUGUACGCUUGCAACAAAACACUCUGGCUUACCCAAAAUGUUUGUGGACACACACACACACACACACGCUCAUGAAGUUCUCGUAUGAAUAAAUUGUUUUUGGUCUGAGUCUAGGUUCAGCACGAAAUGACUUAAAGCAACUGUAACUGAAGUAGAAAAAAAGAAAAACGUAAAAUUACCAAAGUAAUUAGCACGUAUCGGUAAGUCAUUAUUAAAAUGGUAAUAAGGUUUACAGUAGAAAAUAUACUGUUAUAUCAUAUUGAUAUUUCACCUUUAUGUAAAGGUUUUGUAAUUUGUAUUGUAUAUAGUCCCUGGUUCUGUGUAAUUUAUUCUCAUACUGUACUGGCAUGCUACUUCUAUGUUUGAAUGCCAUUAUUAAAUAUUUUAAAGACCCUGUGAAAUCAUCUGGAAUCAGAAUACAGUUCUGUGUUGACGAAUGACAUGAAUCAGAAGUUGGGGUGGGAUACAUCAACGGCUUUCAUAUCAGUAGGCUUGUGUUUUAAAUUUUCAUUGCUGUGACAAAACUAAAGUCUAUAACGGAGCUCCAUGAUCGUUUAUUGUUCUCCAGUGAUUCUGAACAGACGGCUAAUUUUGAAUGACUGAUUUAAUGACGUUCACUACUUCCUUUAUUAAACUGAACGAACGAUUGAAUGAGCGAUUCAACGCUAAUACAUUUUUAAACAGUCGCCACCUACUGGUGUAUCGAUGUAAUGGCGUAGUCUUUAAGAUCGUGAACUCUGUUGAACGUUAGACGGUGUUUAUAUCCCAAAAAACGAACCCUUAUUCCAGUUCUUCUGUGAUAAGAAAGCUUGUAACAGGAAAAAAAUGAUACUGUAUGCAUGAAAAGACUCGUAACCGCUCUCUCUGGGUCUGAGAAACGAGAUCACAAUAAUUGAAUGAUUAAUUGUGCAGCUCUGCUAAAAGAUCUUCUUUCGUUUACAAGUGCUCCAACAUACAAAGGAGUCGAUUUCGCAGGGUCUUUAACCACGAUGUCAAAGUCGGUCAUUAAAACUGUUCUCUGAAUUGCUUUGUGAUGUACUGAUAUCCGUUUGUUUUUUGACUGCCAUAAACAUGUUUUAUUAAAGAACCUCGUUAAACGUUUGACUUAACUGGAAUGUAACCUGCUGAUCAAGAAUGACUUUACUAUAGCGUGACACAUUUGUAAUACAGAAAUGCUUUCAUUGAUUUUUUUCAUUGUUUUAUAUGGCAUGCUGAAGAAACUUAGAAAUAAAAAGUUAUUCUUU